AUGGCUUCUUCAGCAGGUCUCACACCUCUACCCACCUCCGUGCAGCAUUCCACCACCCGCCUUACCCACUCUCAGGCGCACUCCUUCCUCUCCGCAUUCCUCGACCGUGCAGAAAAUGACGCCGCAUAUAGACCGGACAGCACACUUACGGAGCGUGGACCCCAAGCACUGUCGAGUGGAUCCACGCCCAAUUUGACGCUCAGUCAUUUAAAGAGGAUCCUAAGCGGGAUGGAAGGCAAACGUAUCGGUGGAAGCCUCGAACUAGGGAAGGAAACGGGGGGGAAAAGCGACAAUACUGCGGACGAAGAUUUCGAAGGUUCCGGAGAGUCAGACGAGAAUCAGAAGCCGUGGAAGAGGGGGAGUCAGAAACGCCCCUUGAACGAAGACGAUGCCGGGGACAAUUACCAACAAGCCCCCAAAUCCAAGAAACAGAAACGAAGAAUCGUCUACUCUCUUGAUGCCGAACCCAUUGACGACCCAACUGACGGCGCUGUCCUUGGAGCCGAGACCCCAGAUCAAGAUCAAGCAGAGGACGGCUGGCAAGAUGCUGAAACCUACGCCCUCGCCCAGACCCAGUUGGACGAUGGCGACGCAGCCAGAGCCGAACACAAGGGUGGAUUCCACGGAGACGAAAACGAUGAACAAGAAUUGGAAGCACCAGAACCGACAGAGGUUGAUAAUGCGGUCGAGAAUACGGGGCAUACACCGGGAAAGAAGCGGAAGCAGCUCGGCGGCGAUGAAGGUGUACAUGGAGACGGGGCAGCGCAGAAAGCGGAGAGAAAGAGAGCGAAGGACCUGGAUCCGCCCGAGAGAACAGCGGGCAAGAGCAACCAGGAGUUGAGUAAAGAGGAGAGAAAGAAAAUGAAAAAGAUGCGACGGAAGGACGAGCAGAGGGAGAGACAGCGGCAGAGGGAGGAGAGGAACAAGGCUCGGUAG